UUACUAGCAUGCCUUGAGCAUUAGAUUUUCGAACGAUUCGCACGGUUCAGUUGGUUGUUAACGCGAUUAGGCGUGAACUGCGUUCUUGGUUGGGAAAAGUGCCGCGCAAAUGAAAUUCCGCGCGAUCAUUGUUCGUAUUUGCCGCGAGCGUCAUCAUAUCGAGGAAGUCCAACGAAACUGACAAACCGGAUAGCCUGAAAAUUAAAAUAUUGACAUGAAGAACGUCGAAUCGAGGGAAUCCAAUGAAUUCGGACAACUUAGGAGGGAAGGAGAAAGGCUUAGGAGAGGCAAUCAGGCCCCGGUGAAAAAACCUUGGGAAUCAUCAUAGCUUCAUUGCUGAUAAUUUCAUCCGCUGUGCAUCAGGUCGGAAUCUUUGGGAGCCAAGGUUGCUAUGUUCAACCAAUAUGCUGACAAACAUAGAGACAAGCAGAGCAAAAAUCCGUUCAGUUCUGGUUUGGAUAUCGAAAAGCCGAAAUUCUCGAAAGAAGAAUAUGGCAGACCAGAAGCAGGUUCUUUAUCCGAUUUACGCGGUCGCAAAGCGAACGCUCAUGUUUUGAAAGAAAUUCUGGAGCUUUGCGAAAUUAUUAGCCACGAAGGCACACCCUGUCGGGAUCAACCUGACGUAAUCGCCAUUACAUUUGGCGAUAUCUUUAACAUUUACACAAAUAUUAGCAACAAAUGUGUAGGAUUGUUGCUGAGAGCGAGGAAACAGAAGUUUUUAGAAUUCGAAGGCGAAUGUCUUUUUCAGAGAAGAGACGAUGACGUACCAAUAUUUCUAAUCAAAUCCAUCGAAGAAAUUCGUAAAGAAUAUAAUCAACGACUUGAGGAAAUCCGAAACAUUGAACUGGAUAGUUAAAUUAUCACUGUUUCUAUUAAUGUUAUCAUCAAAUGACAUUCGUGAUUGUCGUAAUCAAAGGAUCCAGUUUGACCUUUAUUUAUUCAUUUAUAUUUCACAGAAAGUAACACGGAUGACCAGUAUAAUAUGUAAUAAUUUGUAUUCAAUUCGUCGGUUCUGUAUAUUGAGAAUGAAUGAAUGCGGAUUGGUGUAAAUAUUUUUGCGAGUGGCGCAUGUGAGAUAUUUUAAUGUGACAUAAUGUAGAACGAUUAGCGAUUAAUACAAUUUUUAUAGAAAUAUUUUACUGAAACUGUUAAUUAUGUAAAUAUCUGGCGCAAAAAAUAAAUAAUUGGUAUCUCAUAUA